AUGAUCCGACGACCCUCGUCAUUCCUAACUAUCGUUAUCGCCGUCUUCGUGAUCUUUUAUCUCUACUACUUCGCCAACCAAUUCAAUACACCAUCAUCACUUCUUCCUUCCUCAGUCACAGAUGCCAGUCUCCAGAAAAAGCCGCCGCCACUAGGUGCGCAGCCAGACACAAACCCAAAGGAUCGCUACAUUACAGUAACAGCCACCGUCUCGUCAGUCACCACCAAAACCGCCUUUUCAGACUCUGGAGUCGACUCCAACGUACAAUCCGUCGCCCCUCUGCCAGCUGACUACUUCCCUUCAGACGAUGACCUCGACCAGGAUGCCACAUGGUGCGAAACCCGCUAUGGCCCCACGUAUCUCCAAACAAUUGCCAAAAACGCUCGUCCGUUCUGCAAGCCGGAGUCACAAUCUCAAUUCGACUGCUUGCAUAGCAACAUGUAUGGCGAAUCCCGCAAGGACUCCCUGUGCAUCGCCCAAAAUGUCGUUUUUGAGGACUUGAGGUUCAAUAUCGACUGUGAAUUACGCAAUUCUCGCGAACCGGACCUUAUGGGAUACCCGCACCCUAAUAACUUCCAAAGUUAUUGGUACGAAACGGGUCCUCGUAUAAUCAUGACGCAGUUCACAAAUAUUGGCUCUGAGGCAGCUCCUUUGUUCGAAAAGCACGCUUGUUCGAAUCCAGCUACACCUAGAGAUGACGGCUAUAAGAUUCUUAUAAAACGUGAAGGUGGAAGAAACUACUGGCAUUCAUUAAUGGAAAUCCUAUCCUUCUAUUUCACAAUUGACGCCUUGCAAAUGUCUAUCAACAAAAAGACCGGAAAGCCCUACAUGUCCCCCGCCGAUACCUCCAAAAUCCAGGUCAUUGUCCUCGAUAAACACGAUAACAAAAACUACUUUGAGCUCUGGAACUAUUUUUCUCCGAAGCCAGUACUAACUCUUGACGAAUACGUCAAAGACCCUUCCACAAAACCAUGUAUUUCUAAUGUAAUCAUCCCAUUACCCGGCGCUUCAAACCCACUUUGGCAGGGAGACUGGGACCCACGUAUCUGCGACAAUUCGAUAAUAGUCUCUACAAUCCGCCGCAGAAUCCUAAAACACCUCAAAAUCUCCACCGCGCGAGACCUCCACUCCCCCAUAAACCUAACCUUCAUCGACCGCAAGGGUUCUCGUAAACUCACAAACUCCAAGGAAUUAACAGACGCUUUAAUCGCUGCGUACCCAAAGGUCAACGUCAAAGUCGUGGAUAUGGCGGACCUUACAUUGAAAGAACAAAUCUCAUUGGUGGUCAAUACGGACGUGCUAGUGGGUGUCCACGGCGCGGGACACACCCACGCCUUCUUCCUACCCCCACAGAGCAGUCUGGUGGAGAUUUUACCCGCAGAUUUAAAACAUAAGGGUUUUAGGAAUCUCGCUGGGUUGAGGGGGAUCCGAUAUUUCUCGGAUCAUGCGCCUAUGGCACCGAGUGAUCGACCCGAUACUUCGAGGGAUUGGCAUGCUGAAGAUGUGGUUUUUGAUAAAGAUGCUUUUAUGAAGUUGAUGGAGGCUGCUAUUCAGAGUGUAGCUCAUAGAGGAUUUUUGGAUUCGGAUGUUAGUUGA